AUGGAAGCCCCUGGAAAAAGCCUGCCGGAGACCCAAACUCCAGACGGAGACAACCGAAUCGUGUUGAAUACUAACACAAGUACAGACAAAGUUCUUGCCUCACUGGAGGGCAAGAGAAAGCGUAAAGGGUACUUGCCUCCCGAGUCCGUGAAGAUCCUCCGUGACUGGCUAUAUGAGCACAGGUUUAAGGCCUACCCUUCAGAGGCAGAGAAGCGAAUGCUGUCAGAUCAGACCAAUUUGUCUUUCCUGCAAAUCUCUAACUGGUUCAUCAACGCCCGCAGACGAGUUCUCCCAGAAAUGCUUCAACAGGAUGGGGACGACGUCAACCAGAUCACCACGAACCAACAAAAAGGUAAGGCCACAGAUGUGAUUCACAGGCAGAGCACUGAUCCAUCUGUGCGUGCCAAGUCAGGGUCCAGCAAUCGAGACACGGCACAACGCCGGCCCCCAUGCCCCCUGACAAUGAGCCCAAAGUCAGGGGAGAAACUUCUGGAUCCAGAGUUGGCCCCAGGCCAGAAGCUGAAGGCCCAGCCAAAGAAGAAAGUCAAGAUUUCCACCAGAAAACCCCUGCCUGUGUCUUCUCCCGAACCCAUAUCGCCAGAGGAGUACAAGGACUUCAGCAGCUUCCAGCUGCUGGUGGAUGCAGCCGUACAAAAGGCCGCUGAACUGGAACUACAGAAGAAGAAAGAAUCCAGUGCAUGA